AUGGAUGUGGUGGGAGAAAAUGAGGCCCUGCAGCAGUUCUUUGAAGGGCAAGAUGUGCAUGGAGCCCUGGAGAAUGCUAUGGUCGAUACAAGUAUGUUGGAAGAAUUCCUUGGCAGUGACUUGGAAUUUGGAGCCUUGCAAAGCCAGUUACCAGAGUCCCCGCCAGAUUCAGGAUCAGAGCCAUAUUCUCCACCACAAUUGAAGGCUUUACAUUAUAAUGCUUUAGGGCCCACUGGACUGCGGCCGUCACUUUCCUUCUCUUCUGCGGGGGCACCCGAUACAUUUCCUUGUAGAUACCCUGACAGUUUCUCUGACAUGAGCACCAAUGGAUAUCCCGGCAGUGUUCCCCAAGACUGGUGUCUCAAGACAGAUAAUGCCGUGUCUCCCUGGAAUACUUCUAUAUCCUCCAGCUGUCUGGGUUUAAAUCAUUCCUACCUUCAACCAAGGGCCUCUCAUAGUUCCGGUAUUUCCCUGGCAUCAUCUAAAAAGAGAAGGCACUCACAAUUGUUAGAAGAUGCCACUGAUUCUCCACCAUGGACUAACAACUCUCAGCAGGUGACAGUAAAGGACUGUGGCACUGAAGAACAAGAGUAUGACAGCGAUGGACAGAAUGUAGCAGCUGUGGACAAAUGUUAUCAGGCUCUAACGUGGCAGCCGUAUCAAACUUCUCACUGGAGUGGCUUAUUUAACUAUAGUUACGAAAAACUCCCUGAUGUAGGAUACCACAUUGUCACAGACAAAGGAUUUAAUUUUUCAGCAACAGAUGAUGCUUUUGUAUGCCAGAAGAAGAACCAUUUCCAGAUCACAGUCCACAUUAGUGUUGUUGGGAAUCCAAAGUAUGUCAAAACCCAGCUGGGGUUGAAACCUAUUGAAAAGUUUUACUUGAAAACUUUUGGAAUUAAGGUGGACGCCCCAAAUCAGAUAAUCACCAUUGAACAGUCUCAGUCGGACCGAAGCAAAAAAUCUUUCAAUCCUGUUAAACUUGAUCUACCAGCAGACCAGGUAACCAAAGUGACACUGGGAAGGUUACAUUUCAGUGAAACAACAGCAAAUAACAUGAGAAAAAAGGGGAAACCUAAUCCUGACCAAAGAUACUUCAUGCUGGUGGUUGGACUAUAUGCUGUCAGUCAGGACCAGUCCUAUUUAUUGUCUGCACAUGUCUCUGAAAGGAUCAUUGUGAGGGCAUCUAACCCUGGGCAGUUUGAGAAUGACAGUGAUGUGUUGUGGCAGCGAGGACAUGUUCCAGAGACCGUAGUCUGUCAUGGUCGAGUAGGAAUUAAUACAGAUGCACCAGAUGAAGCACUGGUCGUCUGUGGAAAUGUGAAAGUGAUGGGGACAGUCAUGCAUCCAUCUGACAGUCGAGCAAAACAGAAUAUCCAGGAGGUUGACCCAACUGAGCAGCUGAGAAGAAUAGCGCAAAUGAGAUUGGUUGAGUAUGACUACAAGCCUGAAUUUGCAUCUGUAAUGGGAAUAAACAGUAUCCAUGAAACAGGAAUAAUAGCCCAGGAGGUGAAAGAACUUUUACCGACAGCUGUAAAAGAAGUUGGAGAUAUUACCUGUGAAAAUGGAGAAAAAGUAGAGAACUUCCUCAUGGUUGAUAAGGAUCAAAUUUUUAUGGAGAACGUUGGUGCAGUUAAGCAGCUUUGUAAGCUAACUAACAACCUUGAAAUCAGAAUAGAAGAAUUGGAAGUGUGGAAUAGAAAACUCGCCAAGCUGAAACGGAUAAGCAGUUUGAAGUCAACAGUCAGUGAAAAGGGCACAUUUAGCAAAUUUAGUCGAGCUGCUAGUCUUUUACCACCAAGAAAACCAGUCCCUAUACAACACAGUAAGGUUUGUUUUUCUGAGAAAAAACAGUCAUGGUCAAACAGGAUUUUCCAGAUCACUGUAAUAGCUUUGAUUGCUGUUAUGGCACUAUGUGCCUUGACAAUAUCCACCCUUUACAUACUUAGCAUAGAAGAGCAAGACAUUAGUCAAAAUCCCAUUCACAGCAAUGCUACAAAUUCCAUUACGCAGCCUCCAUAUACCACCAUGGCAGCACUUAGUGACAGCACAGCUUCUCCAACCAUGACACCCAGCAUUACAAUCCCCGAAGUGAAUGUCUGUGACAUCUUGCCUUGUGACAAGACCUAUUGCUGUUCAAUUCAUCAAACCCACAGAAAAACUCCAAGGUACCAGACAAUGACGACAAAGGAGGAGAGGAAAUCAAUAAUAAUGUCCCCUCUCACAGGAAACAAAAAUAAAGUGCUACACGAGAGGAGAUUGAUGGAAAAACCUGAUCUUGGAAUUGACUGGAUUGAUACAACAAUCAGUUCCAUGCAGAUUUUGGAAACGCAGCAAAAAAUUGACCGUCGCUAUUGUAGUAAAGGUCUACAAUGCAGGUCUGGAAAUUACAGCUAUGUUAUUCCUGUUAACAAAUACACACCCAUCAAUGUAAUACUCUCAUUGGAAAUCAACACUACGGAGCCAUUAAUCGUCUUUCAAUGCAAAGUCACUUUUGGAAAUAUGUGUUCCCAUCAGCCACGAAACCGAAACAGAAGGGAGGCUUUCCAGGAAACCACCCAGGGAUGUCAGCAUAUUUGGAUUCUCCCUGUAACUUGGUGGUAUGACAGCGCAUACCAUUUCCGCGUAGCUGCACCGGAUCUUGCAGACUGUUCAACAGAUCCAAAUUAUGCUGGGAUAUUUUUUACUGAUUACUACUUCUACUUUUAUCGACAGUGUAACUAAAAUAUUGCUGAUCAUUCUGUUUAUUGGGGGGGGAAAAAGAUAAUACUCAUGGUACUGAAAAGACUAUUGUCUUAGUAAAAGUUUGCAAAUGUAAUGAGAUGUGCUGAAUGUUUACCAGUUUUUGUUUAACCAUUAACUUUUAGAGACGAGUGGGCAAAAAUAAAUUAUUUGACGGUA